AUGCUGUCCCGAGUUCACCUUGUAUGUGCUGGGGACGCUUCCCCGCCGUACCCUUCCCUCAUCCGAACCUGGCCCAUGAGACUAAAAAGAGCUGUAAACAUCGUCAAAGGAGAAAGAUUUGAGAAAAGCCAAUGCAAGAGGAAGAAGCUAAACCUCUCUCUGUUCAUGGCGCUUUCAGGAACUUUGCAGCUUACUUCUAAUUACAUUCCUGGUUAUAGAGGUUCAGAUAGCAGGAGCAUCUCUAACUCUGCUGUGUCUAAAAGAACACUUGCCGUAUUACCUUACUCUUCCUGUCUGGUUCACAUCGAGAAUGGUCGUUAUGCCCGUAAGAGAAUUUCAUUGGUGUGCCGAGCAAGUUCUUCUGGCCAUAGGAGAAACAAUCCUGAUUUCUCAAGAAAUAAUAGGAAUGGUUUCAGAGGUAGGAACAGGCGGAACGAAGAUAGAGACAGUUUAGACGGUGGUGGUGUUGGUGGCGUUGAAGACUCUGAUAUUUUGUCUUCCAAAAACGGUCCUGUCUUCUCUCUAUCCAAUUCCCCGAAGUUCCAGGCUACUUCAUCACCUGGACCAAGAGAGAAAGAUAUAGUAGAUCUUUUCAGGAAAGUCCAAGCUCAGCUCCGAGCUCGAGCUGCUGCUAAGAAAGAAGAUAAGAAGGCGGAAGAAGCUUCUAAAGGACAAGGAGGAAAAGAGACUGAGACAGUGGACUCUCUUCUUAAGUUACUGAGGAAGCACUCAGGAGAACAAGGAAAGAAGAAAGCUGGCGAUUUUAAUUCUGAGAAGCAGCUACAAGGAGAUGCUGAUGAUGAUGAUGCUGAAAGACAGGUUCACAGUUCCAAUCAUUUCAAUUCGCGAAACAGGGAUCAUAAUGCAACACCCUUUACCAGGCCAGCCUCAAGCUUCAGACGCAAUUCACCUGUUCCAAGACAUAAACCUCAGUCCAGUUACUCUAGUGAGGCCAUUUUUGAUGAGGCAUCAAGUUACAGUGUGACUUGGACUCAGAAAAAGGAUCAAGUAGAUUCCCGUGAUGAACCUGAAUACGAGCCUGAAUAUGAACCUGAACCUGAACCUGAACCAGCACUUUCCCUUCUGGAAUCAGAGCCAGAGCUGAAACCAGAGUCAUUUUACCAUGAGGAGGAUGAGGUCGCUGUAGAUGCAUUAUCAGAUGAUGAGUCUAUCAAUGCUGAGGAAGACAUUGCGAAAGAUGAAGACCUGAGUGCACUGAAGUUGAUAGAACUCAGAGCAAUAGCAAAAUCAAGGGGUCUUAAAGGAAUUUCAAAGAUGAAGAAAGCUGAGCUGGUGAAUUUGCUUUGUAGUAAUGAAGCAUGAUGAUAGGAAUGAACAAGAACAUUGUUUUAGUUUCUGAUACAGCGAGUGAAUCUCCAAUAUUUCUUUCAUUCAUAAUUUUAAUGUCUUCUACUUAAAAUUAUAAUAUAAUAAAAUAAUGGAAAAGAGUUUUAUAGGGUUUUGGUUCCCUGUUAAUCUGCACUUUCAG